AUGCAUCGCUCUUAUGAUGCCCGUUCGGGCUCUCGCUCUUCCAACCACAGCAAUAGUAGCGCUUUCAGUGCCAACGCCAACCCAAAUGAAGACUGGACCAAGAUCUCAGACUUGGCUGAGCGUCGUCGCAUCCAGAACCGGAUCGCUCAGCGGAACUAUCGCAAGAAGCUUAAGAGACGCCUGGAAGAUCUAGAGCGCCGUGCUGCAUCCUCUGCAUCUCCCGAGCAAUCACACGCAGAACCAGUCCUUCAAAAGCCCUCAAAGACUCGGCCCAAACAGCGCCUUUCCAAGUCAACAGAGACAAAGACACAACACUCGGAACAUCCGUACGAAUACUAUACCACAGAUGAACGAUCCAUGUUUGCCCAACAAUCUACACGCCAGCUCUCCGCCUCGCCUUCACCGGUCUUCUCCUACCCACCACUCCAAUCUACUGCAUACGAGACCUACCGACCAUCGUACAGUCAAUUACCAGUCUACCACACUGUCCCGAGCACAUACGGUGAAAUGUCUUUCCCAGAAUAUGGCGAGACAUUACCUGCAGUAGUGCCGAUGAUGACCUCGUCCAUGGUCACUCCGCGAAAGUCAGCCUACGACGAAGAUAUCAUCAGUCCUUUUAGCAUGAGUUAUGCCUCCAUGGCAGGCAUCGACAUUUGUGCUCAGCCUUCAUCUCAUCCCGAGCCCGUCCUGCCGAUGCCUUCGCUUUCUUACGGCUAUGAUCACCGUGGGCCAUCGACUUCCCCGGGUGCCUCGAUCUUCGCCUUUCCUAUGACGCCCGAGUCUAUCCCAUGCUCUCCACGUGCUAUGCCGGGGAUCUAUGACUAUGAUCUACGGCGGUGA